AUGUCUGGCCGGCGCUUGCUGGACAUCAUUCAAUUACUAAAUGUAUCGAAAUCAGUGGCUGUAAAACAUCUGGCUAUUCGUCGACAACAGCUAGAUGUUUACACUCGGACCUCCUCCCUCACAAAGGGCAUCAAGGAACAGACGGAAGGGCUGAUCUUGACCGCACAAGCCGCUGCCGCGUUGGCGCGCCGAUUCAAUGAUACAUCGCCACCAACCUCCCCUCCACCGGCCGAUUCUGCUCCUAGUCAACCUGCGGAAAAGACAACCACCUCCACAUCGGACGCCCGUGAGGAAUGUCACGUGGAUAUACAGCUCCCUUCCGUGACAGCAGAAUAUACCGGCCCUGAGAAGUCCGACUUGAAUGUUAGCAAGCAGCAGGAUGUCUUCUACGAGCCCUCGCACCAGACCACCCCAGACACAUCGGCGCUGCCGCACGUGACACUGCCAGAGGCUGCUGGAGAUGUCCAAGCUGGUGGAGGUGAUGGGUUGAACGCCGACGUGUUUCACGCGGCCACUGGCCCUGAACAGAAGUUUUCCCCCAAGGAACCGGAAGAAGUCUCGGAGGAGAUGAUGCAGGAUAUUUUCCAAAGUCCCCGGGUGUCGCGUUUGCUUGCAGGGAAAUCUAAGCCGAAAAGAGACUGGAUUGCAGAGAGAUAUGCUCGGCCAAGUCCGACUGCGACGGCCCCAGAACCUCAGGCUCCGUUGAAGCCUGAGGAGGUCCAGAAGCUGGCCGCAAGUGCCGCCGAGGAUGUGGUCGCGCCCACGGCAGAGGCAGUGAUAGAGAAGGCCGUGCCAUACCAAAUGAUGGAAUCACGGGUUCCUUCAUCCCGUUUUGGGAGACUGUGGCAGUAUGGAGGAUUGGCAACGUCUAUGGCCUUUGGUGCCGUUAGUGAAACGGUUCGCCGAGCGACUGGAAGCCAAGACAGUGGCUCGAUCAUGUUCAGCGCAGGGAAUAUGGAACGCCUUGUGGCCAAGUUAUCAAAAAUGCGAGGCGCCGCUCUCAAGCUAGGUCAGAUGCUGAGCAUCCAAGAUUCAAACAUGUUGCCCGAGCAGAUUCAGCAAGUGUUACAGCGUGUUCAGGAUCGCGCCGAUUACAUGCCCGCCUCUCAGCGCAAUAAAGUGUUGGCCGAUAAUCUCGGUCCCGAUUGGCGUGAUCUCUUCACCUCCUUCGACGAGAUCCCUAUGGCUGCGGCUUCAAUCGGCCAAGUGCACUCCGCUGUUCUCAAGCGAACAGGCAAGCCCGUCGCAGUGAAAGUCCAAUACCCUGGCGUCGCAGACUCCAUCGACUCCGAUCUAAACAAUCUUUCCAUCCUCCUAACAGCCUCCCGACUCCUUCCUCGAGGCCUCUACCUCGACAAGACCAUUGCCAACGCCCGCGUCGAACUCGGGUGGGAGUGCGACUACAUCCGCGAAGCAGAAUGCAGCGCUCGGUUCCGCGACCUCCUUCACGAAGACCCCGUCUUCGUCGUACCAGAAGUCAUGCCCGAAGCCUCGGGCAAACAAGUUCUAACCAUGGAAAUGCUCGAAGGUGUUGCCGUGACGAAAAUCCAAGAUUUCACCCAAGACCAACGCGACUGGAUAGGUACCCAGAUCAUGCGUUUGUGUCUGCGCGAAAUCACCGAAUUCCACUAUAUGCAGACGGAUCCCAACUGGACCAACUUUCUCUUUAACGCGCGUACAAACCGUCUUGAACUUCUGGAUUUCGGUGCCUCGCGCGCUUAUCCCGAGGAAUUCAUCUCGACCUAUGUGCGCACCCUUGUGGCGGCUGCUAGUAACGACCGAACCGCGUGUCACGAUCUCUCUAUUAAACUUGGCUACCUCACUGGUCACGAGUCUCAGGCUAUGGUCGACGCACAUGUUUCGUCGAUUGUUACGAUUGCGGAGCCUUUCAUGCUCUCAUCGCCUGACCUAUAUGAUUUCCAGAAUCAGACUAUCACUGAUCGCAUACGUGCGCAUAUUCCUGUUAUGAUUCGUGAACGUCUUGCUCCUCCUCCCGAGGAAACGUAUAGUCUGCAUCGCAAAUUGAGCGGUGCCUUCUUGCUUUGUGCGCGGCUGGGUAGUCGUGUUCCUUGCAAGGAAUUGUUUGCUGAGGCUAUCCGUAAGGCGGAAUUGAAGGGUUUGCUUUUGGAGCAGAAAUAG